UGCGUGGAUUCUUCAUCUGCUUUUCUAUUUGUAUAUUUAUGUUUGUUAUUUCUGCUAACAAUUAACUCGCUUGUUUUCUUGCUUUGUCAUGAUUAUGAAUGAUUGUGUAGUUUGAACUUUGAAUGAAGAAUGAUUUUGUAGCUUGUUGCUUAUACUUUUUUUUUAUUUAUCAACUGUGUAAGUAUAUAAAGAAGCUUAUUUCAUUAUUUUAUGUUUUUUUUAUAUUAUUUAAAAAUUAAAUUAAUAUUACCUAUAAUCUGGUAAUUUCGAUUGAAUGUUCCCAAGAGAAUAACUACCUAACUAAGUACCUACCUACUUGCUACGACUACCUACUACGCGAUUCUAUCAAAGGAUCAAAAAAAAAAAUAGUUAACUUCUAAUUUGUUUAACUUUUAUCUAGGUACCUAUAAAUUAAAAAAUAUCUAUAAAAUAUGUCCGAAGUAUUAUUUCUAGCGACAUUUUUCAAUAUCAUGAUUUUUAGCGACGAUAUAAGUACCUACCUAACUAAAUUGAAAAAUUUUUUUUUUUGUUAUCUAGGACAUGAUGCUUUUACAGUUAUUUCAAGAUGCCGAAAUACCCUGCAAGUCCUUCAUCAACAGUUCACUUUAUCUGCAUUCUAUAUUUAGUUGCAUUGUGUUCUUCACAUGUUUGUGCCCAGAGCAUGCUGUUUAUAGUCUCUCCACCAAAGCAAUGUUGUUUGAUUUAUAAAUGUACUUAAAAACCAUUAAACAUAUGAUUGUUUUUGUUUUGAUUGAUGUUUUUACGAAGAUAAAAAUUUCCGCUCAGUACAUCGCGCAUGAAAUUGUUUGAAUGUAUUUUUUGCUUAAAAGGCAAUGAACACUUGACCACACGAUGGAGAAUCGAGAUGGAUGGGCUGGAGGAGAGACAGGUGCUGCGGAGAAUUCCACUGACAGUUCCCAAGCUGAACGGGAUCGAGUGCGCAUCGAGUUUUAUGCCACUUACGACGUCAUGACGGGCGUGCGAAUAGCCGCUACGUUAGGCGGCUUUUUCGCACUAAUGGUCUUUCUUAUAGUUUACAAAAGUCGUAGUAAAUCAGUAAAGGCAUUAAAUGAUCCGAAGUUAGUUGAGUUAGCUGAAGCAGUUGUUGCAGAGGAACAGGCCGUUGAAGAAGAAAGGCAACUCAACGCGGCGAUUGAAGAAGCGCUGUCAGAAAGAGCUCGGUCCCGGCCUUCCAUAGGUGACGAUCCAUCGUGGCCCCGGACUGCGCGAUUUUCAUCAUAUGGUGGAGGUUAUGGUAGUUUACUGGCACCACCACGUCGUCUAUCUACAUUACGGGGAGAUUCAUUACCUGGAUCUGCGUUAAGGUUCGGUGAAAGGCGCUUUUCCGGAGGACAUCGCGAUCGCCGACUUAGUUCAGCUACUUGUUCUAGUUCAGGGAGUUCCUAUUUAGAAAGGCGUGGAUCUUCUGUAGUGUGCGCGCUUCAGGAGCGACGUCUCUCGCCCUGUCCAAGCGAGAGACUUGCUCCCCUUGCUUCAGUCGGUAGUGUUGGACCGUCGUUCGCAAUAGAAAGUGAUCUUGUGUCAGUGGGAGCGGAUUCUGUGUUUGCGGAGGACGACGCAGAUUCCACUGAUGAUGAAGUUGAACAGUUUUCAACGGAUAGUGGUGGUGGGACAGAGGUCGGCGUAUCCGAAUGCACAGAACUCACAAGCCGGCCAAUAUAUCCCCCCAGUUUUGACCGCGCCUCACAUUCUCGUGAAACGUUGUUCUAGUUCCCAAAGUUCUUCGUUGAAUGUUACCUAAAUGUUAUAUAGCGUUACUUUUUAAAAUAUCUACAAUUCAGAUAAAACUACAUUUAUUAAUUCAAUAUUAUUGUCACAUCACAUAUCAUUAAUCAAAAAGUUUGACAUAUCAUUUAACUUUCAAUGAAAAAUUUAAACAAUUGAAUUAACUUUGUUUUGUGUCUAACGAGUGUUAGGUAUAGGCACAGAAUACAUAAUAGUAGCUAAACGCUACAGAACGGAGACUCUCCACCUUCCGAAAAAAUUAAACACUUACCUCACCCCGCACGAUCA